GAUGUACACGUGUGCACUUCCUGAACACUGUUGAUGGGAUCAAGGUCUGACUGGUUUGGUUGUGCAUAGGACUUUCAAAAGGGCGCCAUUUAUCGCCAAAUGCUCGAGUAUAAACGCGAGAAGUCAAAUCUAGAGAUCCACUGUCUAGAAUUGGAGAAGAACGCGUUAUAUCAUGACGACCAUAUCCGGAUAAUGGACGCCUGGUUGCUACAGUUUAUACAAGAAAUCGAGUUGCUUGCCGACAGUGCCGUGUCUUCACGCAGUCCAUUAGAUGCAACAUCGUUAUCUAGCUUGUCCUUUAAGGACAGCAAGGACUUCCAAAAACAUUUAGGCGACAAAGGCAAGACACUCAAAUCAAAGGCUGAGGUACUGUUCAAGCGCCUCGCUAGCGAGAGAGGCGACGUCAAACCCGAAGUAGCGCAGCUGGAAAGCCAGGUCAAAUCUCUGUUAGCGAACCAGAAGGUGUUAACCGUCAAGAUCGAUCGCCUGGAGGCCGAGAACGCGUCACUUUCAGAACAGUACGACACAGCGACGUUGAAGGUGAUAAAGGCUGAGCGAAAACUGGACCGCGUUCGGAGUGCUCAAGUCCAGAAGCUGGAACAGCAGGCGCUAGCCAACGCGACGAGCCGCCCGAACUCGAACGAUGAAAAUGGAUCCGGCUCUGGCAUGUCCAAUGGUGACAAUGACGCGCUCAGAAUUCAGCAUCAAGAAGCCGUGGCAGUUAUUGCCAAGCAGAAGGAGCAAAUCAAGACGGCGUUAUCCGAGAUUCAGGCCUUGCAAGACGAGAACGUUACCUUCAAAGCCAAGACGGAAGUUAUUUCCGACGAAGACUAUGCGCGAACCGAUGUUUUCAAGCAAUUCAAGGCCCAGAACGAAGACCUUAUCAAGCGCAUCAACCAUCUACAAUCAACCAACAAAGAGCUGCGCGAAGACGCAGAGAAGCUCCGAGCGGAGCGGACGGCUUGGCGGGUCCAGCUUGAGAAUGAGGCACAGUCCCUCACACUUGAGCUGGAAGACCAGAUUCAGCAGAAGGACCAAGACCUUACACGCAUUCGCUCGGCGCGGGACGAACUCCUUGCAGAGUUGGCGAUGCGAAAAGCCAGCCAAGAACAGGAAAAGACAGCAUCCUCGCACCUCAGCGAAUUUGUCGAAGCUAAGGGCGACCGCAUCUCACAACUCGAGUCGGAACUUGAGCGGCUAAGACCAAGCGAAGAUGCGACCAUGUCAGAUGUUCGACCAGACCUCGAGGCCCUGACAGUGGACGAGCUGAGGCAAAAGUACACGAAACUCGAGAAGGACUUUGAGGCGAUCAACAAGGAAUUACCGCUUUUGGAAAAGUCGUACAAGAAGUCUGUGGCUUUGGCGAACAAGAAAGUGAUGGAUUUCCUGGGCCUAGAGGACCGAAUUGCCGUCCUCACGGCCGAGAAGAGCAAGGCCGACCAGAAGUAUUUCGCCGCACGGAAGGAUAUGGAUAUCCGAACCGCCGAGAUUCGUACGCUUCGGGCGCAGAACAACAAAAGCUCCGAGAUUAUCUCGCAGCUAAAAGAUGUCGAGACGCAAAACCGGGCGUUGAUCGGCAGUCUGGAGAAGCAGAUUACGGACCUGAAGCAGUCCAACGCUUCGAUUCUGGCCGAAAACAAGAAGCUAGAGGCGGGGUCCGCAGAAGCGACGCGGAGAGCCGAGUCAGCGAAGACUCAGAUCUCAGAUCUGGAAAACCUCGUCAAAUCAAAGAAUUCGGUAAAUGCGUCAAUGAAGGAGCAGAGUAUGAACCUGGAGACGGAGCUCGAGAGGCUCAAGGUUCGGGCCAGGGAAGCCUCUAAGGAUUGCGACAAGUGGAAACAGAAGUGCCAAAACAAGUCGACGGAGGAGGAGGAGAUGCUCAGGUGCUCUGCGUCUGCAAGUCCAACUUCAAGAACACCAUCUUGAAGGGCUGCGGCCACGUUUUCUGCAACGUAUGCAUUGACACUCGACUCGCCAACCGCAUGAGAAAAUGUCCGACGUGCAACAAGGCCUUUGACCGCUCCGACGCCAUGGCUGUUCAUCUUUAGGCGACUUUCGAGAAAGCGACAGCUAUAGGAGCUAGACGAUAACCAGUCUAAGUGUAAUAGCCAUGGAUUCGUGGUUUGGCACAUCACUCCUAAGUGGCCGAUUUGUUGGAUCUUCUGACAAUGUAAUUUUACUCAUGUGAGACUAGUUUUGGGGUGG